AUGCUUGCUACUGACUUGAGUUCCAGCGACAACAAGGAAGACUUUGUUACUAUCCCAGGCCUUGCUGGUGGUGCAAUCGGAACAAAGUAUGAUUGGAACACAUCCUACGCCGCCGGUGCCGGCGUUGGAGGUCGCGUGGUCUCGAUCCCGCAAGGAAAAGUCGUCGGUGGAUCUACAAAACUCAACCGUAUGGUCUUCGACCGUGGCUCCAAGUCUGAUUACGAUGGCUGGGAAACUUUGGGAAACAAAGAGAACCUGAUCACCGCUACAAAGGCGCUCGGCAUACCUAUUAACGAUCAGGGAACUGGGCAGGCUAUCGGCGGGUACUUCUGCCCAAAGAACAUGGAUCCUAAAGAACUUGUUCGCUCUUCUGCAAGGGAGGCGUAUUAUGACUCGGCUGUCCAACGACCAAACUUCCACCUCCUCGCGAACAACCAGGUCUCGCGAAUUGUCACGUCGAAGGCCAAUGGCGCCGUCAAAGUCACAGGCAUUGAAUAUGCGAGCUCGUCAACAGCCGAACGAAAGACCGUUAAAGUUAAGAGAGAAGCCGUCCUUGCCGCAGGAACUCUGCACUCUCCCCAGCUACUACAAGUUUCUGGCAUCGGCGAUGCUAAACUCCUGAAUACGAUCAACGUGACCACCGUGGUGGACCUUCCAGGUGUUGGACACAACCUACACGAUCAUCUCUCUGUAGCCGUUGUCAACCUCGUCACCACCACCGAGGCCACAAGCAGUUUGAUAACUUCAAACGCCACCUUCGCAGCUGAAGCCAGGCGCCAAUACGACACCGAGAAGAAGGGUCCUCUGACCUCCCCAACGGGCGAUUUCCUCCUCUUCCUGCCCCUAUCAACAUACUCCAACUCCUCCAGCGCCGUCGCAGCCCAGGCCGCCGCCGGCUCCGCUUCUCUCUCCCUACCCUCCGACGUCCCAGCCUGCGUCGCAAAGGGCUACGAAAAGGCCUACGCCUCGCUGAACCAAAAACUCACCUCCAAAGACGCAGCCUUCCUCGAAAUCAUCUGGGCCGACGGCGUCGUCGUCCUCGGUCUCCAGCACCCAUACUCCCGCGGAAGCGUCAAAGCCUCGUCGUCCAACAUCUUCGACGCUCCCGUUGCCGACGCCGGCUUCCUGCGCAACCCGCUCGACGUCACGCUCCUGCGAGAAGGCGUGCAUUUCGCCCGCAAGUUCGCCCAGGCACCUGGCAUUGCCGAGUUGGCGCCUGUCGAGGUAGCGCCAGGCGCGAAUGUUACGAGCAACGCGGAUAUUGAUGCGUUCAUCAAGGGCAGCGCGUCGACUUUGUACCAUCCUGCGGGAAGCUGUAAGAUGGGACCGAGGGAGGAAGGUGGUGUUGUCAAUGGCGAGCUGAAAGUGUAUGGAGUCGAGGGAUUGAGGAUUGUGGAUGCGAGUGUUAUGCCGAUUUUGCCGGCGUCGCAUACUAUGACGACAGUGUAUGCGGUUGCGGAGAAGGCCGCGGAUAUUAUUCGUGGGGCUGGCAAGGCAGGGAAGUCUGGGAGGUAUUGA